AUGGAAAAUGAUGAUGUAGACGUUGGAGAUUUAUUUCUUAAUAAGUCAUAUGUGCAAAAGACCAUAGACUAUUUUGGUGUUUCAAUUAAAUUAAAUACAUUAGAUUCCGCAUCAACUGACUUUGAUUUAACUGGUCAAACUAUUUGGAUAUCAGCACAGGUUUUAUCACAAUUUAUUAUAAAGAAUAUAGAGGAAUAUAAAGAUAAAAAAGUUUUAGAGGUGGGAUCGGGUGUGGGUGUUUGUGGGUUAUUUUUAGCAAAAUUGGGAUGUAACGAUAUUACACUUACAGACAACAAUGAAAUCGUGUUGGAACUAUUGGAUAGAAAUUGUAUUGAAUCCACUCAAGAUGGAUAUGGAUGCAAGUGUAUGAAAUUAGAUUGGGGUGAUAAAACCGAUAUAGAGAAUUGUUUAGUUAGCACCAGCGACUCGAAUGGAUAUGACGUUAUUAUGGGCUCCGAUAUUGUUUAUUGGAGAAUUGGCAUCGAACCAUUGUUCAUCACCGUAUCACAACUAUUAAAGCAAAACGACAACUCAAGGUUCAUAAUUUGUUAUCAGUCAAGAGCAUCGCAGACCGAUGCCUAUCUUUUAGAGACUGCAAAAAAAUAUGGUUUCGAAUACGAAUUUAAACCACUGGACUUUUUGGAUAAAUCCUUAUUGACAAUUCAAGACGACUCAACCAUAAAUAUCAUCAGUUUAAUAAUUUUCAAAAGAAUAAAAAACAAUAACUAA